CAAAGUUUAAUAUUUGAUGUGAAGUAAUUGGAGCUUUAAAUAUGUCAAUAAUACAUAACAUUGAUUUUAAUUCAUUAUUAGUUUUGAAGAACAACAGAUAAACAAAGAAAAAAUCCCACUAAAACUCUUGGGGACCCAAAAGGGUCCCACUCAUAAAAGUGUUAAAAAUGAGCCAUACUUUUUUUUUUUUUUACUGUCAACACAUAAGUCUCUAGAUGGACUUCAGAAGUAUCCGUCAAUUAUAUGUGGGUUUUUUUUCAUGUUUUUUGUUUGUUUUAUGCCCUUUUAGUCAUUUAGAUGGCAAAAAAUAUGCAAUAUUUUCCCAAAAAUAAUUUCAAAGUGUAAUAUUUGAUGUGAAGUAAUUGGAGCUUUAAAUAUGUCAAUAAUUCAUAACAUUGAUUUUAAUUCAUUAUUAGUUUUGGGCAAUGACAGUUAAACAAACAAAAAAAUCCCACUAAAGCUCUUGGGGACCCAAAAGGGUCCCAAUCAUAAAAGUGUUAAGUCAUACUUUUUUUUUUUUUUUUUUACUGUCAACACAUAAGUCUCUAGAUGGACUUCAGAAGUAUCCGUCAAUUAUAUGUUUUUUUGUUUUUUUUUCAUGUUUUUUGUUUGUUUCAUUCCCUUUUAGUCAUUUAGAUGGCAAAAAAUAUGCAAUAUUUUCCCAAAAAUAAUUUCAAAGUGUAAUAUUUGAUGUGAAGUAAUUGGAGCUUUAAAUAGGUCAAUAAUUCAUAACAUUGAUUUUAAUUCAUUAUUAGUUUUGAGGAACAACAGAUAAACCAAAAAAAAAAUCCCACUAAAACUCUUGGGGACCCAAAAGGGUCCCACUCAUAAAAGUGUUAAAAAUGAGUCAUACUUUUUUUUUUUAACUGACAUAAGCCAUACUUUUUUUUUUUUAACUGACAUAAGUCUUUAGAUGGACUUCAGAAGUAUCCGUCAAUUAUAUGUUGUUUUUUUUUUUCAUGUUUUUUGUUUGUUUUAUGCCCUUUUAGUCAUUUAGAUGGCCAAAAAUAUGCAAUAUUUUCCCCAAAAUAAUUUCAAAGUGUAAUAUUUGAUGUGAAAUAAUUGGAGCCUUUAAUAUGUCAAUGACAGCAAUGACAGUUAAACAAACAAAAAAAUCCCACUAAAACUCUUAGGGACCCAAAAGGGUCCCAAUCAUAAAAGUAUUAAUUAAGUCAUACUUUUUUUUUUUUUUUUACUGUCAACACUUAAAUCUCUAGAUCAACUUUAGAACUAUCCGUCAAUUAAAUGUUUUGUUAUUUUUUCAUGUUUUGUUUUUUUUUGUUUUUGAUUCCCUUUUAGUCCCUUUGUUUUUAAAUGGCAAACACGCAAAAUAUACAAUAUUUUCCCCAACAAACAUUUCAAAGUGUAAUAUUUGAUGUGAACUAGUUGGAGCCUUAAAUGUCUCAAUAUUUCAUAACAUUGAUUUUAAUUCAGUAUAUUUUUGAGCAAUGACAGUUUUAGGUAAAAAUAACAGAUUUGUGUUAUUAGAGUCAACUUUGCGACUUUUUCUUGUUAAAUUUCACCUGUUUGCUUCUUUUAUUCUACUUUUUUUUAAUCUUGUUUUUAGUAGUAUUUUUAGAAAGUGCCAGAAAUGGCCCCCUGGCCACACUUUGGACACCCCUGCUUUAGUGCGUGUUAUGAAUGUCUUUACUGUAUUUGCACAGUUGGUCAUUCCAAUCAGAGAUCAGAACAUGUUUUUUUUAUCAAACCCUCCAGAUAGGAACAAACAACAGAAUAGACAAUGUCAAAGUUUUGCGUGUUGACGACCUGACGACACAGCUGCAGGCUGCUGUGCACCAACACCCCCUCAAUAGGUCAAAGGUUAAAGAAAGAUGGCCACACGUCAAACGCUUUUCCUUGUUAGGUCGUGCUCGGUUCCGACCCUGCUCAGAACUGUCAGGAAGUCUUGUUGGAGCUUCCUUGCUGUCUUCAUUACAAUAGCUUUUUCACAUUCGAUUUUACCACAGAAAUUACACUUUUUGUGAGCAAAAUGUUCGUUGGAAAAUUCUGUUCAAAAAUGAGAAUAUAAAAUUGAAGUGUGUAAAAAUUUAGUAUGAAAAUAUCAGUGUUCAAAAAGUACGUAUAUCAUAAUUCACUUCGGAAAUAUCAGUUUUUUUAACAUCAAAUUACACUGACAAUUUCCCAGACUACAAAUUUGUGGGCAAAAUCUUUGUUUAAAAAUUCAGAGUCAAAAAAUUGGUAUAUAAAAAUUCUGUGUAAAAAUUCUGUAUGAAAAUCUCCGUGUAAAAAAAAUUCAGUGUAAAAAAAUAAAUGUAUAAAAUUAAAUGUAAAAAUUCUGUAUUAAAAUAUCUGUGUAUAAAAAUUAAAUGUAAAAAUGAUGUAUUAAAAUGUCUGUGUAAAAAAAUUCAGUGUAAAAAAAAUAAAUAUAUAAAAAUUCAAUGUAAAAAUUCUGUAUUAAAAUAUCUGUGUAUAAAAAUUAAAUAUAAAAAUUAUGUAUCGAAAUGUCUGUGUAAAAAAAUUCAGUGUAAAAAAAUAAAUAUAUUAAAAUUCGAUGUAAAAAUUCUGUUUUAAAAUAUCUGUGUAUAAAAAUGAAAUGUAAAAAUUCUGUAUUAAAAUGUCUGUGUAAAAAAAAAAUCAGUGUGAAAAAAUAAAUAUACAAAAAUUCAAUGUAAAAAUUCUGUAUUAAAAUAUCCGUGUAUAAAAAUUCAGUGUAAAAAAUAAGUAUAUAUGAAAUUCAGUAUGUAAAAAUUAUGUGUAAAAAUUCUAUAUUAAAAUAUCUGUAUAAAAUUUCAGUGUAAAAAAAUAUCAAUACAUAAAAAAUCAGUGUGUAAAAAUUCACUAUGAAAAUUGUGUAUAAAAAUUCUGUGUAAAAAUUAAGUAUAUAAAAUGCAGUGUGUAAAAAAACAUCGUUUAAAAAUUCUGUGUAAAAAUUCUGUAUUAAAAUAUCUGUGUAUAAAAAUGCAGUGUAAAGAAUCAAUAUAUAAAAACUCUAGUGUGUGAAAAUUUGCUAUGAAAAUAUCAGUGUAUAAAAACAUAGCGUAAAAAAUAAGUAUAUAAAAUUCAGUUUGUAAAACUUCACUUUGGAAAUAUUAGUGUUUAAAAUUUCAGUGUAAAAAAAAUCACAGUACAGAAAUCCAGUGUGUAAAAAAUGUUGUACAAAAAUAUCUGUUUAAAAAAUUCACUAUAAAGAAAUUGAGUAUGGAAAUAUCAGUUUAAAAAUUCAGUGUGAAAAAAAAAUUAUGCAUUACAACAAAUAUUUCUGCACUGAAUUUUAUUACAUUAUCUGUCGGCAUUUGGAUCCUUCAUAUAAAAAUUAUGUGUAAAAAUUCUGUAUUGAAAUAUCUGUGUAUAAAAAUUCAGUGUAAAAAUAAUCCAUCCGUCCAUUUUCGUCUGCUUGUCCCUUUUGGGGGUCACAGGGAAUCAAUAUAUAAAAAUCUAGUGUGGAAAAAUUCACUAUGAAAAUAUCUGUGUAUAAGAAUUCAGUGUAAAAAAGUAAAUAUACAAAAUUCAGUGUGUAAAAAUUCACUUUGGAAAUAUCAGUGUUUAAAAUUUCAGUGUAAAAAAAAACAACAAUAUAGAAAACCAGUGUGUAAAAAAUGUCAUAUAAAAGUCCAUGUUUAAAAAAAUCAGUAUAUGUAAAAAUUCAGUAUGGAAAAAAACGAUGCGUUCCAACAAAUAUUUCUGCACUGAAUUUUAUUCAAAUAAAUUUGUAUACACAUUUUUUUUACCACAUUAUACAAAAUUUGACAAGGCUGUGUUUUAACUCCAUUUUAAACACAUUUUGCUCACAAAUGAAAUUGUCAGCAUAAUUGGAAGUAAAAUUCAAAUUAAAAAAAAAUAUGUUUCAUAAAUUCAACAGUCAGUCAAAAAGAGCUUCCGUAAAAAAGACUCAAAUUAACCUCCAUAGUUUGCCAUUUAUUGUUUUAAUGAUGUUAAAUUUGUUAUUUUGCGCUAAAAAAACACAUUAUCGAACAAUUGAUUUCUCUCGUACAAAAAAUUCAAGUUUGAUUAAAUAAGAAGUAUAAAAAUCAUUUUUCAUAAAGGAAAAAAGUGAAAACUAUUGUAAUGGAGUUUAGAACUCCAAAUAAAACUCUGCUUUUAUUCUAAUUGAGUCAGAAGGAAAGGUUGAAAAGUGUAGUGCGUUUACUGUGGCGCCCCCUGGUGGUGAUGAGAGGUAUUGUGUCUCAGAUGAUGAUGAGGAUGAUGCUCAUCAGCCUCAAGUGCGUGUGUGUGUGCGUGCGUGUGUGUGUGCGCGUGCGCGAGGAAGGCCACGCUGCCUGUGGGCGUGGAAACGUGCUUUCAUCGUCAAGAACUGGCCUGGAAAUGUUGCUAUUUUUGUCCACACCGAUGCAAGCAUCCUGUUUAUUUUGAGCAGAGUGUUUAUACGAGAUAUAUUUCUGAAGGCUUUUUACUCGCAAGAUUUCAGACGUGGGACCGGACUUUCCUUCCGUGUCACAUGCAAACCACGACUCAAUGCGUGGUGUACAUACAGGAAAUAGAAAUAUAAAUAUACUGUAGAGGAAUACUAGCUGACUAAACACAUGACAACUUUUAUUUUGACACACUUAGCCUCCCGUUCUAAUCUUGUCAUUUAUUUUGGAAACAAGACGAGGUUGCCAUGACUACGUGAUUAUGAACAGAAGCUGCAAUACACUUUAGGAAUUAUUCUUCACACCAACAAAGAGUCGUACUUGUCUGCCUCCUUCUUUUUCUCUCAAAUAAAAGUCAUCGACUUUCCCGUGUUUGGUCAGACUAAACUGCAGAGGGCAGCGGGCCCGAGACAUUGAAACAACGUUGACAACUUCUCGAAUUAGGUCCUAUUAUUUUACAACGUUGAAACAUGCCUUUUGAUGACAUUAAAUCAACGUUGGGUUCUGACGUUAAUUUGACUAUUGAAGUUUGCUCAUUUUACAACUCAAAUAUAACGUUAGAACAUGCUUUUUAGUCAAUGUUGGGUUCCCAUGUUGAUUUGACCAUUGAAAUAUGCUCAUUUCUCAACAACUUGGGUCCAAACGUUGGUUAUUGUCUGACUUUACAAACACAACUAUUGUGCAUAGUUGCUGCAAAGUCAUUUUUAAAGGACAAGUACGUGUAAUCAACCUUGUAUUAAUGUCUCCAGCCUGCUGAACAAGUCGGAUGAUCAAAAAUCAAUCAUGUUGUGUUGCUGUGAAAAAGUCAGUUUUUCUACCUGAUUAGGAAUGUAAAACCUUGCAGGUUGUGUGUGUGUGUGUGUGUGCGAGUGUGUGUUGUGUAUACGAGAGUGUUGGUACAAAUGUGCAGCAUGCUUUUCAAUGUCGCAACUUUGCUGCGUAACAAAACCCAUUAUUUUGCGCACAAAGCGUCUUUAAUGUGCUGCCGGAUGUCUAAAAAGUCCGGAUUUUACUUUCCAGCUGACGAGGCCCUAAAAUGUUUGUGACAAACUGUGUUGAUGCUGUUCAAAGUUUGGACUUUAAAAAAAAAAACGUGAACAUCUUGUCCCGAAAAUGUGUGAGGAAAAAAAAAAAGUCAUCAGAAUGUUGCAAAAACUAUUAAAACCGUUUUUUUUUUGUUUUUUUUUAUAGAACUUUCAUUCUGGUGUUUUUUGUUGUUGCUUAAAGUUGAGUAAUUCAUUCAUGCUAAGCAGUGGUUGCCAUGGGAACAGGUAACAAACAUUGAAGGACCAGGAUUCAGAUCAGGAAGUAAAUAAUAAAAAACAACAAAUGUAUCCGAGUCAUCAUUUUCUCUUUCGCUCCUAAAUGAGCGACGUUGGCGGUUUCACUUGCUUAAGCGACCUUUUGCCUGGCAACACGUGACGUCACGAGAUACCUUACAUUAAAAAUACGUUCCGUACGUCGUGUAACCUCAACGAAAUUGAUACUAAAUACUUUGCUAAAUAUUUUAUAAUUACACCUGAGUGUCCCGGGUGCGUUGAAAUGUCACGUCGACAUUUGUAGCUCAGGAAAAACAAAACAAAAACAACACGGAGUUGAGUAUUUCCUGCAUGUUCCAGAUGACGGCCAGCAGGGGGCGCCGAGUGCGCUGAGCUCUGAGCAGCGUUGCGUCACGUCAGGGCGGCGAAGAAGAAGAAGCUCUCGGCGAUAAUAAAAGGUGUCAUCUAUCUUCACCAGGGAUGUCCGGCAGAUGCGGUUGCCAUGGAAACAGAUAAGAUACCCAAGUUCUCCUCCAAGGACGAGGAAAUCCACUUCUGGAAAGCUCUGUACCUGAAGUACAAGACAAGCUGCCAGGAUGCUCGUGAGGAGCUGCUGGAGUUCCAGGAGGGCAGCCGGGAGCUGGAGGCCGAGCUGGAAGCUCAGCUGGGGCAGGCCGAGCGCCGCCUGAAGGACCUCAUCUCUGACAACCAGCGGCUGAAGAGCGAGGUGGACUCACUUAAGGAGAGGCUGCAGCAUGAGAAGUGUGCGAGCCACCAGCAGAUGUCCCUGCUGGAGGACGAGGUGCUGCAGACGCGCAGCAUCCAGGAGCAGCUGCACAAGUACGUGCGAGAGCUGGAGCAGUCCAACGACGACCUGGAGCGCGCCAAAAGAGCCACCAUCGUGUCCCUGGACAACUUCGAGCAGAGACUCAACCAGGCCAUCGAGAGGAACGCCUUCCUGGAGAGCGAGCUGGACGAGAAGGAGUCGCUGCUGGAGUCCGCGCAGCGCCUCAAAGACGAAGCCCGAGAUCUGCGUCAGGAGUUGGCGGUGCGUGAUAGGCAGGCAGACGGCGGCAGGACGUCCGCUCCCAGCUCGCCCACGAGGGCCGACUCCACCUCGCAGGCGACGCUGCACACGAGUGUCCAUCACACGGGUGCCCACCACGCCUUCCUCGCCAACGCCACAGGUGUGCCCUCGGUCUACGGCGGCAACUCUCCGCUGACUCCCUCCGCCCGAAUGUCAGCGCUCAACAUCGUCAGCGAUCUGCUCAGGAAAGUCGGGGUCCUGGAGUCCAAGCUGGCGGCGUGCAGGACCCAGGCCAAGGAGCAGAAGGCCAGGAAGCUCUACACUCUGGACAACGACAACGUGCUCAACGCCAACACCGCCGCUCUCCACAUCUCCUACUUGGACAAGGCCCAGGACGCAGGCACCCUCACCACGGCCCCCCCCGCCGCACCUGUGCCCCUCGCCGUUUGACUCUCUCGCCACGCCCCCAGUCGCUCUGGCCCCGCCCACCCCGCCGUGUGCGCAGGGGGCGUCACGGCAACACUGGAGUAAUAUGCAAGGAAACUGUCCACUCAGCAAUAAGUGUGAAUAAUUGUGUCCUGCUUAUAUUCUUGAUGUUCGUCAACAUGCUGAAGGAGUCUUCUUGCUCUGCUUUUGGACAAAAGGCAUCAAGUUUGUGAGUCACAUGACAGCGGUCACUAUAAUGGUCAUAUUGAUCCUUAGCAUUCCAAAUCAACACACUUCUCCUCUUUUACCUGCACUUUUGCUUUCAUUUUGUCACGUGCAAUAUCACUUGUUGUUUGUAUAUUUAUUCAGGAAUAAUACUGAAAGAAACGUUUCAAUUAAAAAAAGACUUUUUUUUUCGCCGUUAUUGAAAGUCGUUCACAACUUUUAUGAUAAUUGCUGGGGGUGUGAUUGGCAGGACGAGGCUCCGCCCACCUGUACAGUCAUCCAUCACCACAUCGCACUUCAAAGACAGCAACUCACUACUUUUUUUUUUUUAAAUUUAGCAUUUUUAACAUUUUUUUGCCGGAAUUAAAUGUUUUUGAGCAUAAAAGUGUCAAAAUAAAGUAAAAUUAAAGCUGCAAGCAGCGAUGGACGGGAACUACUUUUGCCUUUACCCAUUCAAUAUAUCUUUACCUGCACGUUACCUACCUUCCCUGCAUCCUGGGGUCACACUGGUGCUUCUUUCUGUCACCCUUACACGCUGGUGCUUCCUGCCAUCACCCAGACAACAUAUAUUUACCCACACAUUACCUACCUUCUCUGUAUCCUAGAGUCAAACUGGUGCCUCCUUCUUUCACCCAGUCAACAUAUCUUUACCUGCACAUUACCUACAUUCUCUGCAUUGUGUGGUCACGCUGGUGCUUCCUGCUUUUAAGCGGCCAUCAGCGCGGCGGUUCUUUGAAGGCUCGUAAAAUCAAAACCAGAGCAGUUAGACAAACUCUUUGCGCAACUUUUAAUCAAAAGGGUUCAAUCUCUUUCCUGUGCGAGUUUGAAGCCGACACAACAAACGCACUCAGAGGAGAUAAUGUUUGAAAAAACGUGACGGGUUUUUACAAAACUUUUGUUUUGAAGGGGUAAUUGCCAACUUCCUGUAAAUUUUUGCUGAAGGAUGUCAAUUAAUGAAAUGUAGGUCUAAGUGAGACCUACAUAGAGGUUUUUGUUUCAUGUCUCCACGACAUUCCUACCAGAAGUUACAAGCAGUUUUGCCUGUGUUUUUGUCCUAGGAGCAGUUUUGUCUGUGUUUUAUUCCUAGGGGGCGCUAGAGCGCAAUUUUAGGUUUUGGGUUUUGUUUUUUUGUUAGAUGGCCAUUUUUGCCAGUCCUGAUGUGUGUGUCCAGUUUGGCGAGUUUUGAAGCAUUUUAAGGGGGUCAAAUUACAGUUCUAAGAGGCGGCGGUAUAAUAAUAAUAAAACCUUAGAAAUACAAUAGGGUCCUCGGUCCCAAAGGGACAUUCGGUCCCUAAAUAUCAGUUCUACAGCAGUGUUGGCCCCGAAAGGAGACCUGACCAAUCAGUAUCUGGGCCACUGAUUGGUUACUGUAAAGCAGGGGCGUCCAAAGUCUGGCCCGGGGGUCUUUGGUGGCCCGCAGGUCAUGUUUUAACGGCCCAGGGCACAUUUAAAAAAUAUUAUUAUGGAAUCAAAAUAAAAGAGCAAACAGGUAAAUGAUGAAGGCAGGUUUGUUUUUUUUACUUUAAAACUGUCAUUGCCCAAAAUAUAAUAAUGAAUCACAAUUAAUGUUAUUGAUAAUUAUUGACCUAUUCAAGGCUAUAGUUGCUUCACAUCAAAUAUUACACUUUGACAUAUUGCAUAGUUUGUGGUUGUCGUGUGAAAACAUUUUUUUUUAUUU